CAAAAAUGAACAAAUUUUACAAACAAUAGCCACCCAAUUUCACUUUCAUUUUAAAGCAUUUUCUGUUGGAACUUUCCUCUCGCCCUCUAUCUUUCUCCCCCAUUCUCUCUUCCCGUUUCUUUCCGGCGAACGACCGCCCUGUACUGGCCGCGGCACCAGAUUUUCUAAUUUUAGAAGAAGAAGAGCGCCAAAUAUAGGAGGAGAAAUCAUUUUCGGCGAAUUAGUAAGAUAUGAGUCAGCAGGCUCAAUCAAUUGAUGCAAGAGGGAAGCAUCGGAUUUUAGCUGAAUUAAAGCGGCUUGAACAAGAAACAAGAUUUGCGGAGGAAGAACUGGAGCAGCUUGAAAAGACUGAGAAUGCAAUAGCUGCAUGUAAAGAAUUGCUGGGUAAUGUAGAAGCAAAACCUGAUCCCCUUCUCCCAGAAACCACUGGGCCCGUAAAUCCGUCGUGGGAUCGCUGGUUUGAGGGACCCCAAGACUCAAAGGGUUGCAGAUGCUGGAUAUUCUGAUGUUUGCUGCUAUCAGGUGUUUGUUUGAGAUCUAUGCUAAUUAUAUUGAAAAAUACCAUUUGACAAUACUCAUUGCUGUACAGACUACAGAUGAUAUAUUCUCUUCCUUUACCCUGUAAUUGAAAAGUUUGUGUGCAUUGUAAUACAGACAGAUGAAAUUCGUUCGUUUUACCUUUUUUAUAUCGAGAGUGGCUACUGGUUACAUGGAAA